UGCUUUCCAUUGCUUUCCUUUCCUUUAUAAAAUGGCGGAGCUUCGAUCGUGUAGCGUCGAUUGCUUCUUAUUUGUUUUAUUCCAAUUAUUUACGUAUUGAAUAUGUUUUAGUGAUAAGUUAGUGUAAUUAGACAUAAUGGAGGGUGUUUUAAGUGACGGUAUGUGCCGGUGUUGUGCAUCCGAGGGCAGUUUCAAAGACUUCCAAGUUCCAUACCAAUGGAUGGGCGCAGAAGAAAUUUACGCAAAUAUGCUAAAGGAUUGCUUUGAUUUAACACUGUCAAUAUCUGAGGAAAUCAACAAUGGUGGCAUAUGCGAGGUGUGCAUCACUCAGCUGCGGAAUGCGUGCAACUUCAAGCGUCAGGUGCAGAAGACGGAGGAGAAGUUCAAGAGGAAAAUGGAGGAGAGCAGCUUCAAAACGGACUCAAUCAAAAUGGAGGUGACCCGUUUCGACGAUGACGACUCUAACAUGUCAGCCGAUGAAUUCUCCAGCCAGGAAUACGAAGUACCCAUAAAAGUGGAGAAACUUGAUGAAAAGCCCAGAAAGCGUCAGGCCGCCGCUAAAGCCUCCACGUCGAAGGCCAAGAAGAGCAAGGCCUCCGCCGAGACUUCUGUCAAACGUGUCGAGACAGAAAAGAGUUUCAUUGAGAUCAGUAUCAAAGCGGAACCGAUCUCUGACACCGAAAACGAGGAGCAGAGCAUAACGACCAAUAAACUAGAGCUGGUCAAUCAGACCACAACUACCAUCAAAAUAGAGCCAAUGGUCAAUGAAAGCAUCGAUGAAAAGAAAGCACUGAAUAAGAAACACAAAAAGGAGCAAAAGAUUGCAAUGGAAAAGCAUCUGAAAAACAUAAGCACAAUACUAUUAAACACUAAUGCCACUCCGAUAAGAUAUCACGAUGGUGCCAAUUAUGUCUGUGCCAUGUGCCCAGAGACGUAUCCUCUACCUUCGGAUUUAAAAGCCCACGUGUUAGAAGAACACGACGAAAUGGACAAAUCCUCCUUUAUGGAAGGGCACAGACUGACGUCCUAUGUUGUCAGAUUGGAUAUCACGCAUCUGUGUUGCCUCAUCUGCCACAACGAAAUUGUGAGCUUCGAUGAUAUGUUCGUUCACCUGAAUUCGGUGCACAAAAAAGAUUUGCACACUGACAUCCCAAACCAUAUACUGCCGUUCCGAUUUGUUGGAAACGGGUUCAAUUGCGUCCAAUGUCCGAAAACGUUCGAGCAUUUCAAGUUGGUAGCGGAGCAUAUGAGCGUGCAUUACCAGAACUACUUCUGCAUGACCUGCAACGCACCGUUCGUCAACAAACGGACGUUGCAGAACCACGCGAACAGGCACAAGAAGGGUGACUUCCCGUGCAGUCAGUGUCCGAAAAUAUUCGACACAAAUCGCAAGAAAUUGAACCACGAGAAAUUCGUACACGUCGGUGAUUAUAAAAGGAAGAAGUGUCCGUAUUGCCAGGAGAAGUUUACUAAUUACGCGAAGAAGCGAUCUCACAUGGCGGAGGAGCACGGCGCUGAGCCAUUGAUUGUGAAAUGCGAAAUUUGUGAGGAGAUAUUCCCCACUAGAGCGAGAAUGAGGUAUCACAAGCGACGUGAACACAUGGAAUGCACGUAUCCAUGUUCCGAGUGCCAUUUGAGCUUCUACACGCUUGUGGAGUUGGAGAAGCACAGGCUGAAGCAUUACACACCCGCGCAGGAGUACAUCUGCGACAUAUGUCAGAAGUCGUACGUGAGGAAGCACACGUUGCGCGAGCAUUUGAAACGGCACGCGAAAAUUGCGCGGAGAUUCAAAUGCGAACACUGCACCAGCCAUUUUAGUCAGAAAUCUAGCUUGAAGUCUCACAUGCAGUACAAACAUAAUUUGACUUUAGUUUAAUUUUUUUCGACGAUCUGUUUAGAUUUAGGGUUUCCACCAAAGAUGUGCGAAACGGCGGUGCAUUAGAGCGAAGUAUGUGUAAGCUAUAUGGAACGAUAUGCUUUUAACAAAUUUUAUUCGUCUCUGCUUAAGUCAGUAAAAUUAAGUAAGCUUUUCUUACGUGUUGAAUUCUGCACAUACUCGUACAUCUCUGAUUAGGAAGCAUUAGUAUUGAUAUAGUUGGUCCCUUGUAACAGGGGUGGCAAACUGUAGGAUGAUUUUCUCCUCUUAUCUACUCUAUCUAUUACAUUGAUGCAUUUAGAGACCACUAAUUUAGAAGGAGAAAGUCUUUAAGCACAACUGAGUUUGUUUUUUCGAGUGAUAAUAUACGUGCCAUAGGUUAGUCAUCCCUGCCCUACAAAUAAAAUAUGCUUACGUAGACUUUUAAUAAUAGUUAAGAAAAAUUUUAUCAAGUAUUAAUCAACUAAUGCUAAGUUACAUGAAGUUAAUUUCAAACUUUACAAUGAACUUGAAACUAAUUUAAUGAAAAGAACGUGUGAGAUUCAAAACAUUUCUUAUGAAAUUACUUUGAGUUUGUAAUUUGAAAUUUGGUUCAAGUAACAGUGUUAAUUUUUUAUUGAUCUCACCGUUGGUUUAAAUAUUACUUUUAAAAUUAUAUCAUGUAUAUUUAUAUUUAAAUCAUAGCGUAGAUAUUGGAAUAAUCAUUUAGUGAUUAUCUAAAUAAAUUUUAAACGAAAACCGCGUACAAUUGUAUAAGAUCAUAAGUAAAAAGAUUACGUAUAUAUAAUCUCUAAUAAAAAUAAGUGAAAAUGCAUAAAAUGACUGUUUAUUGAAGCCACCACCUCCUCGACGUUGAUCGAUGUCAGAUAUUUGAAAACGGCGCUCCCAACAAAAUGUUUAUCUAAGACAAAAAGCACAA